UUUGUAACAAACUUCAGAAAAGUGGGGAUAUAUAUCGAAAAUCCAUUCAAAACCCUAUUAUCAGUUUUCUGCUCAAACUCAUAAACCCCUCACACACCUUUUACUCUUUUCCUUCAAAGUUUAUACCUUUCCUUCAUGGAUCCUCUUACCCUAAAAAAGAUGAAGUCCCUUGCGAUUGAUGUGGAGACUACUUCCCAAGAGAAAUAUAAAUCGACUUUCUCAGAUGUCAAUUUGACCUCUAAUGCUAUCCAUGACAUACUCUUCGUUCACAAAGAAGGCACACUAAAAGGAGAGAAGCCUUAUAUGCUUAUGCAAAUUUUACAUAUUGUAAAUUUCCCGAUAACCGAAGGACUAUGUAACAAACCUCAUUUACUCUUAUGGGAUGGUCAAAAUGCACACUAUGCCUUGUUGAGUGUAUCGCUCUCAAGAACAUACCUUCGAGAAGGGUACCGUGUUGGGUCAAUUGUAAGGUUGAUGCAGUAUUGUUGCAGAACUUUGGACAGUGGAGACAAAAUUAUCGUUGUUCUUAAAAUGAACAUGAUGAAGGCCGAUGCCAUGGUCGUAGGAGACCCCCCAAACGCAGAGGACAUCCGUUUACCUAACUAUUCUUUUUCUCGUCCUCCCAUUCCUCUGAAACGACGACUUUCUCCGAUUCUAGGUGGCUAUCAAUUGGAAUAUGGUGAAAGCAGCAACACAAGAAGUGAUGAUCAAUAUUCUUUCAAAAAAAUGAAAAUAAGGAGGUGCAGGUCAAUAUGA